AUGGCGACGACCUGGAGAAGCACACUCCGGCGUUUCCCCGACCCAAGGCCACUGCACCACCCCCACCGCUGCAGCUACUAUCUUCGUCUUGUCUUGCUCAUCAGCCUCGCCUUCUUUCUUAUGGAGGUCGCUGGAGUAAAGGCGAGAGUGAGCAGCGAGGGAUGCUUGCAGAGGGAGAGGGAUGCUCUCUUGCUUUUCAAAGCCGCCAUCAAAGAUCCUUCCGCCCGCUUGUCUUCCUGGCGUGCCCAAGGAGACGACUGCUGCGCUUGGACUGGCGUCGUCUGCCACAACAGAACGGGCAGCGUACUAGUGGCAGAGCUCAACCUUGGAAAUCCGAAUGUCGACCAAUCCAAUUGGAAGGAGUACAGUCUGAGGGGUGAGCUGCUGCAUCCUUCAUUAUUGUCUUUAUCUCACUUGCAAAGCUUAAAUCUCAGUUUCAAUGACUUUGAGGCCACCCAAAUUCCACCACUCGUUGGUUCUCUUCACAGACUCAGGUAUCUUGAUCUUACUGGGUCCAACUUCGGUGGAACCAUUCCCCCUCAUCUUGGCAACUUAACUAAUCUUCGUUAUCUUGAUCUCUAUGAUUAUCGUUAUCCUUAUUCUGCUACAGUUUCUAACGUUGUCCACAGCCUAGACUGGCUCUCCGGCCUUUCUUCUUUGAUUCAUCUGGACAUGUCCCUUUUCGAUCUCAGCGCUGCCUCCCAUAAUUGGUUAUCAGCGGUCAACAUGUUAUCUUCCCUACAACAAUUAUAUUUAUAUCAUUGUAAAAUUAGUAAUCUCCCUCUUUCUCUCAAUUUCCCUCUCAACCUCACUUCUCUCACAACUCUCGAUCUUAAUAGAAAUAACUUCAACUCUUCUUUUCCUAACUGGUUGUGGAAUCUCACCAGCCUCUCCUCUCUUUAUCUUGGGAACUCUGGAAUUCGAGGGACACUGCCUACCCAAAUUGGCAACUUAAUUGGCCUCACAGAUCUUGAUCUUUCUUCGAAUUUGCUGUCAGCUGAUCGUUUCCCUGAUGUGAUCAUGAAUCUAUCAAGCUUAUCUACACUAUGGCUUGAUAGUUGUUCACUAAGUGGUCCAAUACCGAGUGAGUUAGGAAAUUUGACAGCUCUAAAUGCUAUUUCUCUUUCACAUAAUUCACUUCCUGGACCAGUACCAAUUGAGAUUUGGAAACUAGUCGACCUAUAUGAACUUGACCUCUCUUUUAAUUCGUUAGAGCGUGAAAUUACUGAGUUCCACCUUUCUAAUAAUCUUACUUUUCUAGAUCUCUCCUACAACAAAAUUAAUGGUACUUUGCCACUAGCAUCACUAGAGAGUUUGACUAAACUAAAUUUUUUAAAUCUUGGUUCAAAUCGACUUGAAGGUCUAAUUCCCCACUUGCCCCCAAACCUAAAUUUCCUAGAUCUAUCCAAUAAUGCCUUUUCGGGACUACCACUACCAUCGAAUGUCUGCAAUUCUUAUAAACUUGAGCGCCUCGACAUAUCAAAUAAUCAAAUAGAUGGAGAAAUCCCUCAAUGUUGGCAAAAUAAUUCACUUCUUGAAUAUAUUAAUUUGGGAAACAAUAUGUUCUUUGGAGAAAUUCCAAAUUCUCUUGGAAAUUUGAUAGGACUUAAGUUCUUGCACUUGAAUAACAAUAAUCUAAAAGGGCAUCUCCCAUCAUCACUGCAAACUUGCACCCAGUUAUUGGUUGUUGAUCUUAGUGAUAACAAAUUCUCUGGAAAUAUACCUUUAUGGAUUGGUCAAAGUUGGCAUUACUUGGGCAUUCUUCGAUUACGGUCAAAUAUGUUUGAUGGCAAUAUUGAUCCACAACUUGGAUAUCUGAGAAAUCUACAAAUUAUUGACCUUGCAAAUAAUAAAUUGUUUGGGCCAAUACCACAUUCCUUUGGAAAUUUUAGCAAAAUGAUUUCAACAUCAACACAAUCAUUUGAUCUUUUUGGAGAAAUACUUAUAGAAUUCAGAGAGGUGCCUUGGAUGUUUAAUGAAAAUAUUACUGUAGUUACAAAAGGAGAUCAACUUACCUUUUCAUCUAUUCUUUAUCUUGUCAAGAGUAUAGACCUUUCAAAUAAUGACUUGACGGAUGAGAUUCCAGAAGAACUAGGAUAUCUAGUUGGACUUUACAAUUUGAAUUUAUCAAGGAACUACUUCAUAGGCAAAAUCCCAGAUAGCAUCGGCAGAAUGAGUUCAUUGGAAACUCUGGAUUUGUCCUUCAAUAAUUUAUCAGGGGCUAUUCCUCAAGGUUUGUCACUACUAAAUGCUCUAAACCAUUUGAAUUUGUCUUAUAACAACCUCUCUGGAAACAUUCCCUCCGGGAAUCAACUACAAACAUUAGAUGAUGCAUCUAUUUAUAUUGACAAUCCUUAUCUUUGUGGAGACUUAGUUAACAAGAGUUGCUACACCAAUGCAACAAGCGAGGAGUAUGCAAUGUUAUCGCCAAUGUUAUCAAUCUAUCUUAGCAUGACACUUGGAUAUUUUGUUGGAUUGUGGAGUGUAUUUGUCCUUCUACUAUUCAAGAAAAAAUGGAGGUACUCUUACUUUAAAAAGAUUGAUGAAAUUUAUGAUAAAGUUGAUGUGUCGGUCAAGAUAGGAUUGAAUAGAACAGUGAAUGGUUAG